UCUUCAAUUUUUUUAUACUCUCAACAGUACAACUGUGCGUCCAAGCAAUACUGUGUCGGUUUCAAGUGGACCACCAGGUACUGCAAUAGGUACACCAUUUUCCGGCUUAGUACCGUCGGCACCCUACAGUGCCGUGUCUGUUUCAUCAACCACGCUAGCAGCGACCACGUUACCAACUUCACAUUCAGCUCUUCCUGUUACGGGUCAUGGCAUAUCCUCCUAUACCACAAAGACAGGGCUCUGGUUAAGCCAAUCAGCUAUGCAGCCAACAGCAAUGACUUGUACGCCAUCCAUUCCAACUGUUACUAGUGGCAAUGUUCGACCACUUCCCUCUCCUUUAAGCUCAGGUGUCAUAGGAGCACUAGGUCGAGUUGCUGGAAAUGCUACUUCACCUCAUGCGGCUCAUUCAACUGCGAGCAGUGGACAUGCUCCAAUAGCAAACUUUCAGACCACAUUUUUUGCUGCCCCCCAAGCACCAUUACAUUCAUCUUCUUCUGCGAACAUUUCAGUUGGAAGUAGUAUCAACUGCACUGUUUCCCAUAUACCUUUGGUGUCUUAUACAACUGCCGUUAUUGCAGCAAUGGCUACAGUAACAACCACGACACCUUCUAUCAACACAGUGGGUAAUACACAAUCGACUGUACCAACUGUCUCCACAGCUGUUGCGUCUACACCACAUCCAUUUUCUGCAGAAUCUCUCUUCCAACCAAGUAAAAACGAUCAGGCUGACUUAUUGCGCCGUGAGCUUGACAGUCGAUUUUUAGAUCGUUCUGGCUUAUCCCAGCCAUCUCCAUCGUCGUCUUCAACGUAUUUGCGUCAAGAUUUGCAUCAUCAACAUCAGCAUACGCACCUGCAUCAACAUCCACAACUUUUAUCUACAGCUCCAAUGUCCUCCUCAUCUACUGUAAUGCCGGUUACGCCGCCGAAUCCAACACAAAUUUUUCCUCCACCGUUAUUUAAGGAUAUACCUAAAAUUGCUGCAGUCGACCAACAGUUCUAUCGUGCAAGCAUUGGAAUUCCCCCUGGUUAUACGGGAUAUAAUCCAACAGGGGUUUUGCACAAUGGCUUGGGUGGCCCAACGCCAUUUGUGCCACCUAAUCAUUUAACUUCAUUUGCACCAAAGAAAACAGGACGUUGGAACGCUAUGCACGUCCGCAUUGCGUGGGAAAUUUACUAUCACCAAAAUAAGCAGAAUUCAGAAAAGCCCAUGCUAGCCGGAGGUUCUACUCUUGGCAACAAUUGUAGCAUUGGUAACUCAGGAACUUCUAGUGUACCUAAUAACACAAAUAGUAUGAUCAGCACCACGGCCGUCGGCUUAUCUGGAAACAACAGCGCUGCUUUACCCACCAGCGGAGCCGUGGUUGUGGCAAGUGGAUCUGCAGCUUCAGUCAAUAUGAAACCAUUGCCGUCAGUGACCCUGAAUUCAGCAUCGCCACACCUCUUACAUCGGUCGUCUGAACUUACGUCUGUUGCGGCGUUUGCCAGAUCCCCAUUUGAAGCUUCACCACUAGCUGCAAGUUUUAUUGGAGCACCACCUAGUCAUAUCGGUACAGCUGUUUCUCAAUUUAGUCGAUAUGUAGGAUCAUUUGGAUUUGCCGGCCUAUCACAUUUUGGACGAGAUAUUUCAUUGAGUGGACAUUUGGAUACAUGGCGGUAAGUUUAUUUUACUAUUUUUUGCGUGAAAAUUUUGAAU